AUGAUACUGUGUGAAGGCAUACGCAUAUUCAACAAAGCCACUGCGACUUGUCAACCGAACAAGCAACAACGAUUCAGGCAGCCCCGCAUCAAUCCACUGCACGUUUCUUGUACACAUGAGACGGAACACUACAUCGGCUAGGAUGUUUGCGUAAUGGUGUCUUUGGAGCGGCAAAGUUCGAUCGCCAGCUCGGCCCAAGUGGAAGUGCUCAGCUCGGACUCGCAGAUGUUUGCAGAGAAGACGCUAGCGCUGGUGGACCAGUUUGCGCGACAAGUGGCGGGCAACAAAGAGAUCGGGGUGGUAAUCGGACUAUCGCUGCUUUUACCGGUGCUAAGAUGGAUUCUGCAAAACACGUUGUAUAUGCCCCUCGCAAGAUGGAUUCUAUGCCGCCCAGUCGGCAAAGAGCUCGGUGGGAGUAAAGCUCAACAUAAUGGCGGGGCGCCAUCAUCUAAAAGCAAACGGACCGGACAGCGCGUCACAAAGAUGUGCGAGUCCUUUUGGAAGCUGACUGCGUAUGGAUCCAUGCUGCUGCUGGAGGUAGCCAUAGUGCACAAUGAGCCCUGGUUCUGGCGCCCAGCGGACUACUGGGUGGGGUGGCCAAACCAGCCUGAGCUGCCGCUGAUGCGGCUGCUGUUCUGGGUGCAGCUGGCCUACUACAUCUCCACCACCUUCACACUGGCGCUGUGGGAGGUUCCGCGCAGCGACUACUGGGUGAUGCAGACGCACCACUGCUGCACGGUGGUGCUCAUAUACUACAACUACAUCAGCGGCUACCAUCGGUGGGGCUGCCUGAUCAUGAUGCUGCACGACAUUAAUGACGUCAUCAUGGAACUCGCCAAGUGCCUCAAUUACGCAGAGCAGCACAUGGCGGCCAACGGAGCCUUUGCGGCGUUCGUGCUGUCAUGGGCGGCGCUGCGGCUGUACGCCUUCCCAGCCAUCCUCAUCCGCUCCACGCUGUUCGACAGCGUGCGCGUGCUGGGCUACACGCCGCCGCACCACGGGCUGCUCAACACGCUGCUGUGCGUGCUGUGCUGCUUCCACAUGUACUGGUUCGGGCUCAUCCUGCGGGUGGCGUACAUGACUGUGGUGAAGGGGCAGGGUGAGGACAUCCGCGAGAAGGAGGACUAGGGGCCGGUAGGCCGCGGCGUUGGGGCGCCUAAUGCUGGAACUGAGGCAGUGAGUUGGUGAGGGAGAGAGCAGCUGGAGGCUACCUGCCGGACAGGGAUGCGAGGUGAGCGCCGGCCUGAGAGGAACCGGAGAGGUGGUCGCUGUCAGGUGGAGGUAGCGGCUGUGUGGCAGGCUGGUGGCUGAGAACUGACAGCCUGCUCUGGGUGUCCAUGGGGUUUCAAGAAGCUAUCAUGAUUGCUCGGGUAGUUGGAUUACAUUUCAAGGUACACGGCGGGCCGACGUGCAGACCCUACCUACGCGGCGUUGUAUGGCCCAUGUUGCGCUCCCUGGGUUGGCGCGUGAUGGAUGUCAGCAAGCAGGCGUGGCCUUGUGCGCCUAUUGCACGCCCUGUGCCGUGCCGGUCCUUGGUUGACUCUCCAGGGAUCCUCAACGCUUUCGAACACGCAGGAUGUGAGUCACCCUGACUUAUUGAACUCAUGAUAUGUUGUGAGCCCUCCGACGGGCCGGUGUGACUACUCGCUUGGUCGUAAGGCAGGCACUCCAGGCGGGCUGGCGGGGUUAAGAGUAACGGCCGGUUUGCUGGCAUCAGUUCCUAAAGCGGUGAUGUUUGAAGAUGCUUUCAGAUGAUUCUCGGGGCAGUCGGGCGUUGUGCUGGUGCGUGGGACUCGGCGACCGACUCGGACACAGCGCAAACCUGUGGCCACGGACUUGCAAAUGACCUGUAGAUGUGGCAUACUCUAACUGCAUGCGUGGCGGAGGAUGUGCGCUCUUCAGCGCGCCACACAGCGCGUCAUCAGAGCGCCACGCGUCGUAGAACACGCCGCCGCUGUCACGGGGUGCGGUGCCCAACUGAGGGUUCUGGGCUUCUGGCAGCAACUGUCCGCUGGUAGGAGUGGCCCCCGACAGGCACAUGCGCUCCCUGCCGCAAGCAUGAAUAUCAGAGUACUUGUG